AUGAGUUCAUCGUCUGUCAUCAACACCUAUACUCCUCCUCCUCCCGAUAAACCAUCCGAAGGAUCCUUCUCUGUAUUUAAGGAGAUUCGCUAUCCUAUCGCGGCAACCCCCUUACCACCCUCUUUAUCAAAAACAACAACAUCAACGGCUGCAGUAAAAGAAUCAUCUAAUAAUCAAUCCCCCCAAAUCCGUUAUUGCUACUUCAUCUCUGCUGCAUCCGUUGCCACAACAAAUCCUUCCCACAGCUCAAAGCCCAUCCUCGCAUCACAUGUUCAGGAACCAAUGGACAACUCCCCCAACUGUACUCAACCUCGCCCUCGCACCAGCAAGGAUACAUCCAGUGUCUUUGUCCUGGGCUCCAAUCCCCCACAGAUCCAACUACAGUUUCUAGAGGACCAACCGCUCCCCCCACUCACUUCCUCCGAACACGCCACGGCUGAGACAACAGCCCUCAAUGGCUCUACGACCCAAAAGAUCGGCUCAGACGUUGUCCUCGUAGAACGCAAGGACAGCGGCUAUGGUGGCUCCGUCUCUAGAAGCUCUUCUUUGGCAGCCUUCAGUCGGGGGAUCCGUAAAGUGUUUUGGCGCCAUUCACAAAAGGACAUGGUUGCGCCAGUCAUUGCAGCGGACCCACCUGUCCUGGAUUGCGAUAUUCCACAGGAUGUUCUUGACCAUGAGGAAUGGGCACAGGACCUUGCAGAGAAACUUUGUCUUGCCUCCACUCCUGAUGCAAUCACCGCUUGGCUUGGACAGCUGCCCUCGGAGCCCUCCAUGGAAGAAUCAUUGCAGUCCCAGGAUGACUCGAGUGAAAUAGAUGUCAGUUCAGUCCAUCCAGACGAUAUGGAUUCGCACGACUCGGGAUUGGACGUGGAGGAGAUGGUGUUUGUCGUUCCUCAGUCGUUCGCGUCCGAGACAUCGGCCCUCCCCUUGUCUAAAUCAGAAUCAACUCUGAAUCUGAACCAAGAGUCCUCUGCCACCCAAAGUGCCAAUCAUCCAACCCUUCGGAAAGUCUUCUCAAACGAGCAGCUCAAUAAGCCUCAGCCCCCUCUUCCAUUGGAGGCGUUAAAACACAAGCGCACACCAGUACCACCAUCGCGCUCAAAGCGAGCAUCCAAUAACCUGUCCCCUCUCCAGAGCAUCGCACGAAAGUUGACUUUUGUGGCCGAGAUUGGUUUCAGCAGAGGUCCUACCCGUCGUCGAGCGCAUGUCCAGGACCUGUUUUCAGAGCCAACAGACACUGCCCAGGCCUCUUCUUCCCAAAGGACUGAGGAAGGUCAGUUGUCAAACGCCGGUAGCACAGAACCUUCUGAAGAAGUAUCUCCAAGGCUAUCAUCUGAUCAAGUGACAUCGACUGUGGAACUGGAGGGAUCAUACUCAAACUCAAACCAUCUCCGAUCCAACCGACUCUUCAGGUCCUUGUCCCCUAGCUCUGCAAAGAGAAGCCUCCAAUAUGAGUCGCGCCCCCUUUCGGAGGUUCUUCUUUCAAAGUCCAACUUGAGUCCGGAGGAGAUUUCGGCAGAGGUAGUAGAGGCAUCUCGAAGUGCUUCCCUGCGCCUACCUCAUUCAUAUCGGGCUGGGAUUCCACAAUGGGAAGGAAGUGAGGGUUCGUUUGUGGCGGCUGUGCGUCAGGGCAAGGAACGAUCAAGCUCUUACCCUCUUGUGCCGCCCAAGCCUUUGUUUUAUAACAAGGGUACAGCUGCUAGUGUUUCAUCUUUGGGUGGCGUAUCCUCCUGUGGCUCCGUUGACUCGUCCGUGGUCGAUAGCAGCGCUGAUGAGUGGGAGGGCAUGUCCCGGAUGGCACAGCAUGCUAAAGAACAAAAUGCUCGGUACUUAGCCAACCUGAAGGAUUUGCAGGCACUGUUGUCUCUAUCCGAUCCCAGUCGUCGCCACUACACCCCUUCACAUUCGACCAACACCUCCACAGGGUCACUCUCACUUUAUUCGAUGCCACCUUCGCCCAGCAGGAAAGAGAGCAAAGGUAGCAAAGGAAUAUCAAAGAAGGAUGACUAUAUGAGCCAUCGCAUGAGCGGAUGCUCCCCAAGGACAAAGCCUAGAAGUAAAAGUCGAUUGAGUAUGACGUAUGGUGGAGGAGAAUUGGAGGUUGUAAAACAUGCAAAGUUUGAUACUCCCGAAGCCAUUGCUCGUAAUAAGGAGAUCCGCAAGUUUAUCUCUCAAGAGAUCUAUACCACAGAGCAGAACUAUCUCCAGUACUUGCGCACCAUGAACGAGGUGUUUGUGGAGCCAUUGUUCAACUCUUUUGAAACCGAAAAGUCAUUUAUACCCAAAUCCAAUCCUCUUUGCCAGCUAUUGGCCCAUAUUCCCACAUUGAUGUCGGUCUCGAGUGAUGUGGCUCAGCGUCUGGAAGACUGUGUUCGCGACGAGGUGUGGUCGGAUGAGACGAGCAUGGUUGGUACCAUCUUUUUGGAUGCCAAGGAACCCUUGUCGAUCUUUUUGAAGUACGGUCAGUCCUACGGCAAAGGCAUGAAGGCUCUCAAGGCAUUAUUAAAGUCGAAGCGAUCUUCACUCGCCGCUCUACCCACUCCUGCUCCUGCUCCUGCUCCUGCUCCUGCUCCUGCUCCUGCUCCAGUCCUUACGUCCACUCCUCUGGUCCCUCCUAGCCCUCGUCUGGAGAAACGUCGAUCUUUACCGUCUCUCUUUCUUUUGAACAUGUCCUCUACGUUACCCUGUCCUGAAGCGUUCGCGAUUAGUUACCAGACCAGACCAUCCAACGCUGACACUGGUUGCUUGGAGACUGAUAAGAAUAAGAAGUCGAGAAGAGGGGUGAAGUCUCACAGUACGUUGGGAUCGUCCUCUCUCGGUUGCAAUGGUGAUGGCAAUGGUGUUGAGCUGUCCGAGUACGAGCGGUUCCUCCACAACUGUGUGGGAGGAACAGAGAUGACGAGUCGAUUUAGUCUUGCAGAUCUGCUGAUUCUUCCGAUCCAGCGGGUGACUCGGUAUUGCUUGUUGCUUAAAGAUUUGAAGAAGCAUACAGAUGUCGAGCAUCAAGAUUAUGUUUGCAUCGUCCAUGCGUUGGAACAGUUGCAAACGCUUGCUUUGGCCACCAACAAUGUCCAAUCAUCCUCCGUCCGCAUGUAG